AUGACGUCUUUUGAAUCAAAAGAGGUAAAGGAGGGUAGUUUUAUGCCAACAUUUAAAGUGCAGGGACAAGUCUACCAUAGGAUAGGAAGCGUUAUGGUAGAAAAUAAUCAACAACCAUCAUUUCUCCAAAUAUACUUUGUUGGUGAUGAUAAUCGUGAAAGAGAAAUUCGUUGUGGGAUCUGUCCUGGUAUUAAGCCAGAGUUAAUUCACCAACUUCAAAAUUUGCUUCAUGAACACCAUCAAUACAUUAAAGAUUUUAAGGUUGCUAUUGAAUCAGUUCCUAAGAAUCAGAAAGAGUUUCAGGUUAUAAUUAAUGCUGAUAAAAAGCCUUCGGGUGAACAUCGAGGUCGUUUCAAUGCUCAAAUGGCUAAAGAAGUAGCAGUUAUCAUCGUUGGACAAAAUUUUGAAAAGAGAGAUAUCAUCCUGAACAGCAGAGACGAUAAGUUAAAGCGAAUCAGUGAAAUCCAUCGCGCGUAUGAUACUUUACAAUAUCCUCUGAUGUUCUGUCGUGAAGAAGAUGGCUAUCACAUUAAUAUUCCUAAGCGUGAUGAAAAAACUAAGCGUCCUCUAAAUAAGACCGUGUCAGCUUCUGAGUUUUACAGUUAUAGAAUAAUGGAGCGUAAUGGAGAAGAAAAUCAUUUACUUCUAUUUCGCACUCUAUUAAAUCAAUUUUUGGUUGAUAUGUAUGCGAAAAUUGAAACUGAACGACUUAAUUGGAUUCGUAACCAUCAAACAAACUUACGAAGUGAAGAAUACGUUCACCUUAAAGACGCUUUAACGAAAACCGACGGUCAGAUAACAGAAAUAGGUAAAAUGGUUGUGCUGCCAUCUUCUUUUACUGGUGGGCCACGAUACAUGCAUGAACAAACUCAAGAUGCUAUGACUUAUGUACGUCAUUUCGGACGUCCAGACUUAUUUAUUACAUUCACUUGCAAUCCAAAAUGGGAAGAAAUUGAAGAGCUUUUAGUUCAAGGCCAAAAAUCUCACGAUAGACAUGACUUAAUAGUAAGAAUUUUUCACGGGAAAAUUAAGCAUAUGAUGAAUCUUCUAACAAAAGGUUGCAUUUUUGGCAAAACGAAGUGUCAUAUGUAUACUGUGGAAUGGCAGAAACGUGGACUUCCUCACAUUCAUAUCCUUCUGUGGUUAGAAGAAAAGCUGAGACCAGAAUCUAUUGAUAAGGUAAUUAGUGCUGAACUGCCUAAUCAAGAUCAAGAUCAAGAACUCUAUGAAAUAAUAAAAACAAAUAUGAUUCACGGUCCAUGUGGUUCUUUUAAUAGAAAUUCUCCCUGUAUGGUGGAUGGUUCAUGCACGAAAAAAUAUCCAAAACAUUUUAUAAAGGAAACCCAAACAGGAGAAGAUAGAUAUCCUAAAUAUCGUCGGCGAUCUCCUGAAGAUGGUGGAGUAACAACAAUAGUAAAUGGAAUUAAUAUAGACAAUCGAUGGGUGGUACCGUAUAACCCUGUCCUGUGUCGUACAUUCAAAGCUCAUAUAAAUGUUGAAGUUUGCAACUCAGUGAAAUCAAUUAAAUAUAUUUGUAAGUAUAUAAAUAAGGGAUCUGAUCAAGCAGCAUUCACUGUUGGAGAUCUUGAUGAAGUGACAAAGUAUGAAGCAGGACGAUACAUUAGCACUUCUGAGGCAGUUUGGCGAAUACUGAGUUUUCCUAUCCACGAGAGAUUCCCUCCAGUUAUGCAUCUUGCUGUACAUUUAGAAAAUGGUCAACGAGUUUUUUUUAAUGAAAAUAAUAUACUCAAUCAGAUCAACAAUUCCAAAACAACACUUAUGGCUUUUUUUGAACUCUGUAAAGUGGACAAUUUUGCGAAAAAAUUAUUAUAUUGUGAAGUUCCAGCUUAUUAUGUCUGGAGAAAACACCAGUUUCACAGAGGAAAACAAGGAAAAAUUGUGCCAGGUUAUUUAGGUAUAAAAAAAGAUCAUGUUUUAGGCAGAGUGUAUACUGUCCAUUCUACCAAUACUGAAUGUUAUUACCUCCGUCUUCUUUUGCAUGAAGUUCGCGGUCCAGAAUCAUUUACGGCUUUAAGAACUAUAAAAGAUGUAAUCUAUCCUACAUUUCAAGAAGCUUGCAGAGUAAUGGGAUUGCUCGAAGACGAUGCUCAUUGGGAUCAAACUUUAGCAGAAGUCUCAAUUUCUCAUUCAUCUUUUAAAAUACGUGAAUUGUUUGCUGUUAUGUUAGUUUUUUGCCAAGUUGGAGAUCCGAUUAAAUUAUGGGAUAAAUAUCGAGAUAAUUUCACGGACGAUAUUAAAAGACGAAUGAGUAGGAAUCGCGAAAACUCUGAGUUAGAUGUUGAUAUUGUUUACAAUCAAUGUUUGAUUAAUCUUGAAGAUAUGGUCAUUGCUAUGUCAGGUAAGACUCUUUUACAAUUUGAUCUCACUUCACCAUCUCGAGAACAAGAAUCUGGUAUUAUUAAUCAACAAUAUUUAAAUGAAUUAGCUUAUGACACUGAUAAGUUAACCGAAGAACUGAUAAAAAGUGUUCCGAUACUGAAUAAAGAACAGAAAGAAGCAUAUGAAUCUAUAUUGAAUAGUGUCGUUUCUGAUUCUGGAUGA